UAGCGCGUAUAUUAGGGGAUGUUCGCCAUGACUCCAAACGAAAGCCUUCACGCUCGCAUCCGCGCCCUCCCCGCGCCCGCCGCCCGUCCGUGCCGUCCUCUCAACCGCAAGAGUGCUGGCUGCGGGCGUCGAGUCAGCCGGAGGCCGCCGCGCCGCUGACAUCGCACUGUCCCAUGCAACUCCACACUUUUAUCUAUUUAACAAACUUUUACUAAGUGACUAAAAUCUGCAACCAUGGAUGUGGAGGAGUUCCGUGUUCGCGGCAAGGAGAUGGUGGACUACAUCUGUACGUAUAUGACGACGCUGGAGACGCGCCGGGUGAUACCCUCGGUUGAACCAGGGUACCUACGGGCUGCGCUGCCGGCUGAGGCUCCGCAACAUCCGGAAGCAUGGGACGAUGUCAUGACCGACGUGGAGAACAAGAUCAUGCCAGGAGUUACGCAUUGGCAGCACCCGCGGUUCCAUGCCUAUUUCCCGUCUGGAAAUGGGUACCCCUCGAUUCUGGGUGAUAUGCUGUCUGCCGGCAUCGGCUGCAUUGGAUUCUCUUGGGCAGCAAGUCCAGCUUGUACGGAGCUGGAGAUUAUAAUGCUCGAUUGGAUGGGCAAAGCAAUAGGACUGCCCCCACAAUUUUUGGCGCUGGAAGAAGGAAGUAAAGGUGGUGGCGUUAUUGAGGGAUCAGCUAGCGAAUGUGUCCUAGUAUCGAUGCUGGCUGCUAGGGCCAACGGCAUUAAAAGGCUUAAGCAUCAAUUCCCGAACGUUGACGAAGGCCUCUUACUCUCCAAAUUAAUCGCCUAUUGCUCAAAAGAGGCCCAUUCUUGUGUUGAGAAAGCUGCUAUGAUAUGCUUCGUGAAACUUCGUAUCUUACAACCUGAUGAUAACGGGUCUUUGCGCGGCGAAACUUUAAAAGAAGCUAUGGAAGAAGAUGAAGAAGCUGGUCGUGUUCCCUUCUUUGUUUCGAUUACAUUGGGCACUACUUCGUGCUGCUCUUUUGACAAUCUUCCGGAGAUAGGACCUGUGGUCCGUAAAUUUCCUAACGUGUGGCUUCACGUAGACGCUGCCUAUGCUGGCAGUUCUUUCUUAUGUCCUGAACAUAAAUACCACUUGUCUGGUAUAGAGUACGCAGACUCUUUCAAUACAAAUCCGAACAAACUGAUGCUUACCAGCUUCGACUGCUCUCUGCUAUGGGUUACUAACCGAUAUCUACUGACGUCAGCCCUCGUCGUCGACCCACUUUAUUUACAACACUGCUAUGACCACACGGCCAUCGAUUAUAGGCACUGGGGUGUGCCAUUGAGCCGUCGCUUCCGUUCACUCAAGCUUUGGUUUAUGUUACGGAGCUACGGUAUCAGCGGCCUGCAGAAAUACGUGCGACGUCACUGCGAACUUGCCAAAUAUUUUGAACAACUUGUGAAAAAGGAUGAUAGAUUCAAAGUGUGCAAUCAAGUAAAGUUGGGUUUAGUUUGCUUCCGCCUUGUGGGAAGCCCUCAGGACCCAGGUGAACAGAUAGAUGAACUAAACAAGAAACUGCUGACUAACAUCAAUGCCUCUGGCAAACUGCACAUGGUGCCUGCUUCGGUCGGCGAUCGAUUUGUCAUUCGUUUCUGUGUCGUCCAGCAACAUGCCACACGUGAAGACAUUGAAAUCGCAUGGGAUAUUAUAACUGACUUCGCUACGGAGCUUCUGGAAGGACCAGACAAGGAACGGGAUGGCCGAUGUUACGUGCACACUCGGUGGCAAGAUUUGGAGGAGUAUGGAUGCACAACGGGCGGCGCCGUGGCGCUGUUGUCGCGGCUGAAAGAUACCUUUUUAGAGACUACCUUCACCGACGCGCAGCCGAUACAACGGAUAAAAUUGGAAUUAAAGAGCUAAUUCCCGGACAAGUUAAUGAGGAGUACUGGUGACAGUACAAAGUGCAAUUAUGUUUUAUUAUUUUAGAAGACUGACAUAAAUAUUAUUACCUACUAUUGGGUUAUUAAAUUAUAUUUCUAACAUUAUCCGAACUUUUGUAUGCAAUUCACACAGGGUUACUGAUAAUAUCAAACUAGAUCUUUUAAGGAGUUACCCUCUUGGAAGAUCGAGGUCGAUAUAAUCUACUCUACACGUGUAUUACACUCAAGAAAAAAAUUCUUAGUUUUCACUGUUUUGCUGCAUUGUGUGUAUCAGACGUUUCUAACUAAGCUUAGAAAGUAAGAGAGAGACUUAUGGUGUCCAUAUGCCAUAUUUGAUAUUGUUUGGUAAAUAAACAAAAUUAAAUAAUAGAUACUUAGAUGCAUAUACCUUCAUACCUACUUAAACAUUCUACAAUAUUCUACAUACAAUACACACACUAUACUACACCGAAGAUAUUUCCGUCGCUGUCCGUUUCUUCCCCGUUCUUUCUUAAAUCGCGCACUUUUUGUUUACCCCUUUCCGUUUUACCCAUCUAUUCCUAGUGCUACCUAUAUGUCGCAUUAGACAGGAACCCAGCUACAAAACACCGUUACAUACAACAUAAUUUGUCUUGGAAAAAA